AACUCUAUAUAAACAACACCUUUCCUAGCUGUCUCUAACCAUAAGUCCCUUCCCCACUUCACACAUCCCCACACGUAAAACCAAAACCAACCCAAAUCACAAGUACACCCCACAAGAACAAGAAGAAGCAAACCAGAGCUUCUCCAUUGUUGUUGUUCAAACUUAACCAAGAUGGUGUCGUACGAGUAUGUUCUGGGUGGAGUUCUGGCUUCUCUGCUGGCCUCUGUUUUCAUCAUGAUUAUUAAUAGCGCUAGAAAGGUGGAGGGGGUGGAAAAGAGUAGUAAUGGGUUUGUGAGGAUGCCGGAAAACGAUGAGGAGAAAGGUACCGACGUCGUCAUUGUCGGCGCCGGAGUUGCCGGUGCGGCUCUUGCGUACACUCUUGCCAAGGAAGGACGUCGUGUACAUGUCAUCGAAAGAGACUUGAGUGAGCCGGACAGAAUUGUUGGUGAGCUUUUGCAGCCUGGGGGUUAUCUUAAGUUGAUUGAGUUGGGUCUUGAGGACUGUGCAAAUGAAUCCAUUGAUGCUCAGAAGGUGUUUGGUUAUGCUCUCUACAAAGAUGGGAAGGAUACAAAACUUUCUUAUCCCUUGGAAAAGUACAGUUCGGAUAUAGCUGGGAGAAGUUUCCACAAUGGCCGUUUCAUCCAAAGAAUGCGUGAAAAGGCAGCAACACUUUCAAAUGUGAAAUUGGAACAAGGGACGGUGACAACACUAAUUGAAGAAAAGGGCACUAUCAAAGGAGUGAUUUACAAGAACAAAUCUGGAGAGGAGUUCAGAACAUAUGCUCCACUAACAAUCGUGUGCGAUGGCUGCUUUUCAAAUCUGCGCAAAAAUCUCAGUGCUCCAAAGGUUGAAAGUCCCUCUUGUUUUGUUGGUUUGGUAUUGGAGAACUGUGACCUUCCACAUGCAAAUCAUGGUCAUGUGAUUUUGGGAGACCCUUCACCUGUCCUGUUUUAUCCCAUCAGUAGCACAGAGAUUCGUUGUUUGGUUGAUAUACCUGGAACAAAAGUUCCUUCUGUAGCUAAUGGUGAAAUGGCCAAGUAUUUGAAAACCGUGGUGGCUCCUCAGAUUCCUCCUCAGCUCUACAAUUCUUUUAUAGCUGCAAUUGACAAGGGAAACAUCAGGUCCAUGCAAAACAAAAGCAUGGCUGCAAAUCCGCUUCCCACUCCUGGUGCACUUUUGUUGGGGGAUUCAUUCAACAUGAGGCAUCCCUUAACCGGAGGAGGGAUGACUGUGGCUCUUUCAGACAUCGUUCUUCUUCGUGAUCUUCUUAGACCCCUACAUGAUCUCAAUGAUGCAUCUGCAUUGUCCCAUUACCUCGAAUCAUUCUACACAUUGCGCAAGCCUGUGUCAUCUACCAUAAACACAUUGGCAGGUGCCUUGUACAAGGUGUUUUGUGCUUCGCCUGAUCCAGCAAGACAGGAAAUGCGUGAAGCAUGUUUCGGUUAUUUGAGCCUUGGAGGUAUCUGUUCGUAUGGACCAGUUUCUCUUCUGUCUGGUCUUAACCCUCGUCCACUGCACCUGUUUCUCCAUUUUUUUGCUGUUGCUGUCUAUGGUGUCGGGCGCUUGAUGCUUCCAUUCCCUUCUCCUCAACGCACAUGGCUUGGGAUUAGACUGAUCCUGAGUGCAUCAGGGAUCAUAUUUCCCAUCAUAAAGGGUGAAGGAGUUAGACAGAUGUUCUUUCCUACAACAAUACCAGCAUAUUACAGAGCUCCUCCUGUUCAUUGAAGACAUCAAUACAACCAUAUUCUUGGAGAAAAAUUUGGUACUUGGAUCUUUCUUUUAUUGUAAAACCAAUCUGUAUCAAAUCAACUGCAUUAGUUCCUCCCACAAAUAAAUAUCAUGAUGGGAGUUCAAUGCUCAAAUUAGGAGAGCAAGAAAACUAUGUUCUUAAUUCUUUUAGGAUUUGUUCUUCUGCAGUGGAGAAAACAAGCAAGGUUUUCUCAUGAAAGUUGUAACUGUAUGAAACUAUAGUAGUUGGUAAAUAAUAACAUAAAUUUUGGGUCCCUAUCUU